UGACAGCGUGUCACGUGGAUAUCGUCCUUGAGCUAUAGUGUCAGUGAAGUACCGAGGGUUCACACAAAUAUACUAAAAUUACUGGGUAUCGGAUGUUAGAAAGAGCGGAGAGCAAGACACAUUUUAACGGAUAAUAGUUAUACAAAGAUUUUCCAAUGCUGGAUAUAGUUCAAACCCAGGCGUGUUCAGCCAAUGGCAGAAUGGCAGUAGAUUUCACUUCAUAUCUGUUGGCAUCCAGUCCUCCGACACCAUCCUCGGGUUACGAUCUUCUUAGUUAUGCCUUCAGUCAACAGAACUCCCCAUUUACAACGGAUACGUGUGUAUUUAAAUGUAACGGAACAAUCGAAAGUAGCGCCAGUUUAAGUAAAAGACGGAACGGUCCACUUAAAUCCAUCAUCAUAAAAUCGGAAAGCUGUGAAACUUUCUCUAGUUCGGAGGAGACGACCCCAGUCAGUCCGCUCUCCCCCGGGAAGACGAGGAAAAAAGUGACAUUUGCUGAUCAUCAGGGAAUGGCCCUUACAGCAGUUCGUUUUCUCACAGAACCUUCAGAUGUCCCACCACGACUGAAACCAGAGGUAUUAGCAUCUUUAACACAAGGAGCAACUGCGGGUGCCAGUGUUGAACCUCCUCUGAAAUUACAGUUUACGCAACCGGCCUCGGACUAUCUAGCGUUCCGCGAUCGUUUGGAAAAAGAGUGUGUCUCUCUCGAAAAUGUGAUUUUGAAAGACUAUGCCGUUGUUGGCACCACAAAAGUUAAAAACAUUAGUUUCGAAAAGAGGGUGUUUAUAAGACUAACUUUAGAUUCGUGGGAAUCACACGAAGACGUUGAAGGAGUCUUUGUACCAGGCCCUGGUGAUUCUUCAGACAGGAAAAACAUUUUCGAUACAUUUUCGUUUGAAUUCAAUGUUCCCACAAACUUUGGCUUAGAUGAUAAAGUGGAAUUCGCAGUAGGGUAUGAAGCAAAUAAUCAGCAAUUUUGGGACAAUAAUUUUGGCACGAAUUACACAAUAGUUUCGUCUGAUUUUAAGGAAAGUCAUCACCAGCCAUCUUCGUUUCAUCGCGAGGAGAAGGUUAGUUCUUGGACCCAGUAUGCGUGUUGGAAUCAUGCAGAUAAUUCUACCCCCUACUGGUGAAACUUGAGAUCGGCUGUGUGGUAUCUAAGCUAUUAAUAAUCGACUCAUGUCAGCUGAUGGACGAGUCGAUAGAUUUCAAAGUCAGGGGUGUUUAGUACAAAACUCGAACGGCAAACAAGCCAUGAUUAUCAACUAAUAUAUACCAUACAUGUACUAAUUAAUGUACCGUGCUGUUGUCAAAGUGUUGUCACCAUAUUCAGCAAACAUCAUCAUUUGAAUCAAAGGAGAAUUGCAAAAAUUUCAGCUGAAGCCGUAAUAUAUGUAAUGACACUUUGAACAUAAGCAAAAAUAAUAUCUAAGAUGCAGUUAUUAACCUAAACACAGUGAUCAGUGUUAUUGUCCUGCAUGGAAUCUAAUCUUCCAAACUAUUUGAAUAUUUGUCGCAAUGAAAUAUGUAACACUAUCAGUGAAAUAUAUAGCUAUCGGUGAAAUAUUUAACACAAACGUUAAGAUAUUUGUCGCGGUGAAAUAUUUAACACAAACAUUAGAAUAUUUGUCGCGGUGAAAUAUUUAACACAGUGAAAUAUUGAAGUUUUAACACUAACAUGAACGUUAGAGUAUUUGUGGCAGUGAAAUAUUUAUCACUAACGUUAAAAUAUUUGUCACAAACGUUAAAAUAUUUGUCGCAGUUAAAAUAUUUGUCGCAGUGAAAUAUUUAACAUGAACGUAAAAAUAUUUGUCACAAACGUUAAAAUAUGUCACAAACGUUAAAAUAUUUAACACGAACGUUAAAAUAUUUGUCGCAGUGAAAAUAUUUAUCACAAACGUUAAAAUAUUUGUCGCAGUGAAAAUAUUUAUCACAAACGUUAAAAUAUUUGUCACUAUGAAAUAUUUAUCACAAACGUUAAAAUAUUUGUCGCAGUGGAAUAUUUAACACAGGUGAAUGUUGUGGUAUUUUGAACAAUAUCAACAUUUUCAACGGCAGGUAAUGGACAAAUAUUCACAUAGACCUGCUCGUGUAUUUGUGUUGAACUUGAAGGGAAAUUGAUGUUUCAUCUAGUUGUAUUUCCUAAUAUACCCCCAAUAUAUAUCUGCUUUAAUUCGAUGAUGUAGUGAGAUUGUUUUCUUUUUUCUGUGAUAUAAUGUGAAGAAUUGUCUAUAUUUUAUAUUACAUAUUGUCUAUUUUCAAACAAAUUAAAUAUUUAAUCAGAUGCUCUUUUGAGAAUUAUAUUAAUAUAAUUGAUUUGAUGAAAUAAAAGCCUUAGUGAUUUAUUAGUCCAGAUACAAGUAUUAGUUUAACCAGAGCUAGAAAUAAAAUCCCGCCUUUUUUAAAAUUUCUGUAAAAUCACUGCUUUGAUCCAAUAAAAUUCCGUCUUUAGAAGUCUUUUGUAUAAAAUCACUCUUUUGGUUCAAUAAAAGCCUUAAUUAAAGACUAAAUAUUUGCUUAUUGGCUAUCGAUAACCAAAGAUAAAGAAAAAUCCCCACGGUGUUUUUUAAAAAUAUUUUGGCAUGAAAUCCUUGCAUAAUUUUAUAUCAUACCAACCUCAUGUAUUAUUACAGCCAAUAGACAAAGAUUAUGUUUUAAAUAUGUUUUGUUAUUUACAGUAUUAUUGAUUUGUUACCUUUGAUAUUAUUAAAGCUAUUUUGUCCGGUAGCCAUUAUACAGGUGAUACAGGUGUUCUGGAUAAAUAAAUGAUGUAGUGUGCCAGGUAUGUGAUAUAUAGAAAGGUAUAUAUACAACCUAUCUGUACCCAGAAUAUCACCAUAUCUGAAUUUGACUUAGUGGGUGUAGCGCACUGAUUAAAACACAGAUCCUAUUUCGUUUCGUUUUUUAUAGUUCAAAAUUUUGUUUUACUUGUAUUUACUACACUAGGCUCUGGAAGAGUUGAUAUACAACUCGUGUUCUGGUUGAAGUGAGGGUUUAGUCAAUGAAACGGUCUGUUAUAGCGAGUUCUUGGCUUGCAACGCUGAUUGAUUAACCAAUGUCUGAAGUCAUGGGGACAAAAGCCUCUUUAGGACCCCUAACGCGACCUUCCAGUACAACCGGUCAGAUAUUUAUGUAGCGUAGGCCAUCGAAAGUAUAAUAAAACGAAACGAAAUAUAGAUCUGUAUUUUUAAUCAGAUUUGUGGGCGUAGCACACUGAUGGACUUACCAGAACUUGAUCUGAAUCAUGAUACUAAGUCAUAGUUGUAGUGGUGUUUUGUUUUAGCAAAUCAUUCUUACGUGCUUUAGUGUAGACAACAAUGACAAUUCAUUUAGUAGUAGUAUUAUGAUUCGUUAUGCAAACAUUUUGUUAUGUGACGUAUUUAAUUACCUUUUACUGUCCCUUUAAGGCCCCAAUAAUCAGGGCCCUGUUUCACGAAAUUUUAACUAAGAUAAAAUCAAAUCCAAAUUUUAGUAAUUUGAUUAGACAAUAUUAGAUUGAUUUUAGUGCUUAGCCAAUCAAAAUUGAAGUAUCUACUAAAAUUUGGAUUUUAUCUUUAGUUCAAAUUUCGAGAAACAGGGCCCAGGUGUAUUUACUUUGGCAAAACAAGAGAAAGGUUACCGUGGUUUCGCAGACUUACGGGUGGUAGGAAUAUCGCCUCAACCUUGUCUUAAGGUACGAAUGCCUGACUAUAUUUACCGCAGUCUAUAACGGAGACUCGUCGAUUGAGUUGCUAAGAGUGCAGUGUUAACCAGUUUUUGUCUGACUAUGUAAAGAUAGGGCAUACCGCUGGCUUUAACGGAGGCUAGUCGAUUGAGUAGCUUAGAGUGCAGUUUUUGUCUGACUAUGUAAAGAUAGGGCAUAUGUUCAAAGCUUUAAUACGUUUCUUUAUAAUUUUAAUUCUUGAACAAACUUACAUGUUAAAUAACGAGACGUUAUUUGUUUAAUGUAUUUCUUUGUCUGUCUAACUGAUUUUCUUAAUACCUUAAUAAAUUUAACCUGUGUGAAAAAAUUAAUUAGACGAUGUGAAAGUCAUCCUUAAGUCGUGUUCUUUUGGAGAAAAUGUCAGAGUAGAAUCUUAUUUAGUUUGCUUGUACUCUGUGAACUAAAAAAAAGGCCCCCAACGUUUAUGUUUUCUUUCCUGGUGGCAUUAAUAUCGGGCAUUAAAAGUAGGGCCUGCUUUUCCAAGAUGGAAGGUUUGUGCAGAAAAGGGGGAGGUUUUAUUAAACCCAAGUCGUUUAGCAGGGUCGACGCCAAUUCACUAGAACUACCUUAUCUUAAAGUGAAAAACUAAAUUUUGAACUGGAUCAAGUUUUCACUUUAAAAUAUCCCUUCUUAACUUAAGUAUUUAAUUGAAUGUGGACCCAUGUGAUGAUGUAAUAUUGUGAUAAAUUAAAGAAUUUAUGGGGACUGUUUUCGAAAUUGUAUUAAAAAUCCCCGAGUCCAUUAAUUAUUAUGUUUAUUAUGAAUUUAAAAUACGCGUACAAGUGUAUUUGUUAAUAGACUAUAGCAGAUAUUGCAGUGGUGGGCAAACUAUUUAGGUGAAGGGCCAAACACAAAGUUUUGAAACAAAGCGAGGGAAGUGACGUCAAUUAGGCAACUACGUCAUUGGGUGACGCUGCAAGCUAUAAAUAGCCCUACAAAGAUUAUUAAUCCUACAGAGUGUUCAGUUGGGGCCCAACAAUAAGUAAUUUCGAUUUUUUUUUAUUUCAUUUAGAGAUAAAAUUACUCAUAAAUUUUCAAAUGUAAUGGAAAGAGUCUGGCGGGCCGGAUGACGAGGCUUCGCGGGCCGUAGUUUGCCCACCACUGAUUAUUAUUAUUGUGUUAAAUUAGAGUUAACCCCCCAUUGAUGGAUGGACUGGUUAAUCGGGUAUCCUGGAUGUUACGUAGACUGGAUAACCUGUUCUAAUACAUCAGACUCGCUCCUACGUCACUCCUUUUCUGACUUGCAUAUUGAAGUCAGUAUAGCGUAGUGACGUAUGAACCAGCCUGACGUCAUUUAGAGCAGGUUAUCCAGUCGAUUAUCUGGAUGAAUUAUGUGGAAAAUGGCGGUGCUAACUUGUUUACCAUAUAAGGAGUGUAUACUCAUUAUUUAUAAACAAUACUAAUUAAUGUAUAUAGAGGUAUGAUUCGUUUUGUAAGAAAAAAAAACUGUAUGUAUCUUUGUAUGUAUGAAGUUAUUUCAUGUUAAAAAUAAACGAAUGUGUAUGUGCAUAAUAUUUAAUAAAUGUUUUUUUAUUGUU